AUGCAUUCUGGUCGUUUGGAUCGUAAGAUUGAGUUCCCCCAUCCGACUAAAGAAGCUAUAGCCUGGAUCUUGCAGAUCCACUCGAGGAAAAUGAAUGUUCAUCCUGAUGUCAACUUUGAGGAACUAGGCCGUUCGACGGAUGACUUCAAUGGGGCACAGCUGAAAGCAGUGUGCGCCGAAGUCGGGAUGCUUGCACUUCGACGGGAUGCAAGCGAGGAGAAUCAUGAGGAUUUCAAUGAAGGCAUAAUCCAAGUGCAAGCCAAGAAGAAAGCAAGCUUGCAUUACUAUGCCUGA